GUACCGUCAGUUCAUUGUGUUGAACAGAGCCGUUGAAAUACUUCGUUCAAUAACGACACAACAUUGAAAACAUCUGUUUUAACAACUUGUUGAGAACAGAAAUGCGAAAAAUUCUUGUAACUGGUGGCACUGGAUUAGUGGGCAAAGCUUUGCAGGAUGUGAUAGCCGAAGAGAAGUGUGCCGACGAAGAAUGGUAUUUUGCCGGCUCCAAAGAUUGUGACUUAACCGAUGAGAGUGCCACCAGGUCUUUAUUCGAUAGAGUAAAGCCCAAUUGUGUUAUCCAUUUGGCUGCCAUGGUCGGAGGACUAUUUCACAAUAUGAAUAAUAAUUUGGAUUUUUUGCGCGUAAAUAUUCAAAUAAAUGACAAUGUAUUACAAGCCGCCCACGCACACGGAUGUGAAAAAGUUGUUUCCUGUCUUAGCACCUGUAUUUUCCCCGACAAAACAAAAUAUCCCAUUGACGAGACAAUGGUACACAAUGGACCACCACAUUCCUCUAACUACGGCUAUUCCUAUGCUAAACGUUUAAUUGAUAUACAAAAUCGUGGCUAUUACGAUAAAUAUGGUUGUAUGUUCACUUCAGUCAUUCCGUGUAAUAUAUUUGGACCUAAUGACAAUUACAAACCGACUGUAAGUCAUGUUAUACCCGGUAUGAUAUAUCGCAUGCAUAAAUUGAUGCAAGAAAAUCCAGAAAUCGCCGAAGAAGAAAAAACAUUCACAGUAUAUGGUUCGGGUAAACCAUUACGACAAUUUAUUUACAGUAUUGAUUUGGCUAAGCUAAUGAUAUGGGUAUUGAGAAACUACGAGAGUGUGGAGCCCAUCAUUUUAAGUGUAGACGAAGAGCAAGAAGUUACCAUAUAUGAUGUGGCAAAAGCCAUUGCUGCGGCUUUUAAUUUUAAAGGCAAACUAGAAUGUGAUACAUCGAAGGCAGAUGGCCAGUACAAGAAAACGGCUUCCAAUAAGAAAUUGCGUUCAUUUUUACCAGAUUUUAAAUUUACCGAUUUCAAUGAGGCCAUUAAAACAUCCGUAGACUGGUACAUUCAACAUUAUGAUGAGGCGAGAAAAUAAAAGUAUCACUUUUUGGGCUUAGCACAAAAUUUCAACAAAUAGUUUAUACUCGUAUGCAUUAAUGUAAUUUUGCAUUUAAAAUAUGAUAUAUGAAAAAAUAAACUUGAGAUAACAAUUAAAAA